AUGGACCGGCUCAAGCCCAAGCGAGCAGUACGCCGUGCCCAAGUAACGAGGAUAGUCAACGAGGUCAUCGACCUUCGACAGAAUCUCAGCGUAAAUAGGACCAAGUUGAAUGGACUUCUGGCUCGAUUGGAAGUGGCCGAUCGGGAACUCCGAAAUGCGAAUGAGGAGAUUGAAGUCUACGUCAAGGAGGACGAACUCGCAACGGAAUCCGAAACCAUGUUUAGUUAUGAGGAACAGGCGGCCAAUGCCAUGGCCGAGGUGCAAACACGUCUAGCCGACCUUCACUACGUGGAACAGCAGGCAACUUCGGGGACCUCAGAGGCCCUUUUCCCUGCCACGCCACGAGCCAGCGAACAAGCUCCGGCAGGCGUCAAGCUCCCAAAGCUGCAACUGAUGACUUACGGGGGCGAGCUCACCCAAUGGCAGAUGUUUUGGGAGCAAUUUCGCACUGCGGUGCAUGACGACCGGCGACUCAACAAGACUGAGAAGGUUCAGUAUUUGACCAUUUUGCUGAAAGGCCGAGCUGCAGCCGCCAUCCCUGGGUUGCAGGUAACUGCUAGCAACUAUGAUGACGCCAUCGAGAUACUAGUAGAGCGUUUUGGAGAUACGUACCAGAUUGAGCGAGAGUAUCUGGCCAAGCUACGAACUUUGCCAGGGGUAAAGUCCCGAAGAGACCCGUCAGGGCUCCGACGUCUGUACGACAACGUCCAAGCCAAUGUUCGGGGGGCCUGA